AGCUGAAAGCUCCUGUGAGAAAAUAGGGUUUAGAUGAUUAUUCCAAACAAAGAAAUAACAAACACAAGCUCUGACAUGUGCCCUUUACAAAGUACAUUUCCGGUCGAAACACGAGACUCCAAGUCAAUAUCAGUGCUGUAUUAGUGGAGGAUGCAAGUUAGUCAACCGAGAACCUCUCUCUAACUGAGUUGAUCAGGAAAGCAUUAUGACAUCGCCGUGUUUACGGGCAUAAAACUCCUCGUUUACGCCAUGAAUUACCAGCUAUCAGGUUUAUGGAGCUGAUAUGUGGGUAUUUUUAGGUUUCGCAGUGCUUCUGUUAGGGUCAUACGACCUCGCAGUCGUUGGUGAACGCUACAAAGUCAGAUCGCAGACGUCGAGCAAGUUCAAUUCCCCUGAGGAGCUGGAGGAGCUCCAAGAGUCAUAUUUGCCUUUGCAUGGUAACAAACCUCUCCGUGUUCGCAAGGAUUUAGAAAGACAUAAUAAAGAUGCUUUGAUUCAAGCUCUUCAUCACGUCGAAGAGGUGCAAAGAAUAAUAGACGAGUUUAACGAGUGCAAACCAAAUCAGUCAGUCGUCCUCAAUAUUUCUUUUGAUAACAAUCGAUGGAAACCUGAAGCUUCUUUGGUGGUAGAGGUUGCCAAUGCUCUUACUUCUCUCUGGAGAAUUAAAGAAAGUAAUAAUCUAUCGAUUGCGGAGAACGACAACUUUCUGUAUACGAUAGUUCGCUCUAAUGUGCUAUUUUCAUCAAAUGUGUAUGGUUCAGUUGUUUGCUUCGAAAGAAAUCAAUAUAAAAACUACUCCAAAGGAUUUUGCCCUUAUGCUUUUAAGAACAAGACAUUAAACGGAGCCGUGCAUGUUAAAGAUAUUUCUGUAGAACAUGACUACUUAGACAACCCUGACAUUUGGUGGAAGGAGACUAAAGAACGGUCUUUACAUCUUGUCCCUAAACAAACGACUGAGUUCUAUUCUACUCGCUACAAUGCUACACAUGCUAAUCCAAUAUAUAACAGAACUAUUCCUUUGGUCACGGAUAUGAAGAAUGAAGGCCACUGGACGCGGCCGUAUUUUGACUGCUUUGGCGGGAAGAGCUGGAUGGUCACGUUUUUGGCGCCAUUUUUUAACGAGACCAGCCAAUUUUUGGGCGUGGUCAGCAUCGACAUUGAACUCAAUGACAUUGAUAUCAAUCAGUGUGACUCGGACAAGAAGACUGAGUACGAAGGUAGCAAGGUCACGGGUUUCCUGGAGUUCCUCGGUACGCAUCGCUGUAAACCUUCCACUAAGUGCGUUCCAAUACCUAACGAAGGUUUCAAGCGCGGCAGCUAUGUGUGCGAGUGCAAGAAAGGAUUCUACUUCCCCAAACCCUCCUCCACUAGAAAAUACUUCAAUGGCUCCGUCAUCGAGGCCGAAUACGAUAAGAUGGUGAGAUGGCAGCCUAACGUGUACAAUGAUAGCUUCGAGUGCCUGAGGUGCAGCGAGGGAUGCAGCGAGUGCACGGAUGAUAGCAAGUGCGUCUACGUGCCUUCACUUGGUACCAGGACCCUGCUAGUCGCGAUAAACGGAGUGUGCACGCUGUUAGUGUUGGGACUGGGGAUUAUAGUACUGAUGAACAGAGAUGUCAAGGUCUUUCAAACGUCAAGUCCUGUGCUACUAAUCCUUAUUAUAGUUGGCGCUAUUUUGGUGUACAGUGGGUUUGCCAUCUUGUACAUCAACCCCCCUACUGACGUCACAUGCCUAGUGUACCCAUGGUUACAAAACAUUGGGUUCGCCUUAGCGUACUGUUCCCUCGCACUCAAGACAUGGAAAUUAUCAACGACAUUCCGAGCCCGCACGCCGCGUAAAGUGGAGGUCACUGACUUGGUUAUGCUCAAGCACCUUUCCCUUGUGACUGCCGCUUACGUCAUAUACUUAUUGGUUUGGACGCUGACCAUCCCACCGCAUGUCGAGGGCUCAGUCACGGUGGGCAAGCUGAUUUAUCAUCGAUGCUCGGUCAACUGGUUUGACCACGCUAUCGUAAUGUGCAACGGCUUGCUCCUUGUGGUCGCCCUGUGGUUUUGUUACCGCGUGCGUAACGCGCCCUCUCCGUACGGCGAGAAUCGAUUCAUAAGCUGGGCCAUUUACAACGCUAUCUUUGUCGUUUGCUUCUUCGCCAUUCUCAGCGGUCUUACACGGAGCAGCACCAAUCCCGACAUCCUGUUCGCGGUGGAGUUUGUCUUUGUUCACAUGAUAGCAACUGUCAUGAUGCUCCUCAUAUUCGUACCAAAGUGUAUUAUCGUACGUAAGAUGAAGCUGCGUGGAGUUAGCUCGUCCUUCACCAGUAGCAAGAAGGCACACCACGAGCUGUCGCCAAACAGCCCCUCCACAUGCACCGGGGAUGUCAGCGUGUUAGAAAGAGAGAAUGAAGACUUGAAGACGGAGGUCCAGAGAUUGUCGGGGAAACUCGCUUCUCUUCAAGCUCGCCUCAUGAGAGAAUGCAACAAACACAUCAAGACAUCCAAGCGUGACCGAGCUGGGACUAAGGACGAGGACGGGGAUUUUCUUGAUCUAAGGAAAGCGUCGCCUUCCCCCAUAGCAAGGUUUUUGAAUUCGCGGGUGUGAUGGAGAAGGUUUGCACUUUCAAUAACUCUUGGAAAGUCUUUAAAUGAGUGUUUGAUGAUAGUGGUACUUCUUUGUAGCGGCCACUUUCACAGGUUCCGAAAUAUUAACACUGUUACUAUAUUUUUUACCUCAUUAAGCGGGCAUGGUCACCAUUUUGCGGUCCAACCUCCGCUACUUCGAUCGUAAUACUCUUCGGUGACAACUGUGUCGAUAAAGUCAAUAAGCAAAAGUUGAUGCAAAAGAAAAUUAUUCAUCGAACUAUCUUGUGAAAUACAUUUUAAAGCCAAUAACGUAACCUACGCAUUAAAUGAUACUUCACUAGCAGUAAGAUAUGAUACAGUUGCCACGCCUUAUAGAGGUAUCAGAGUAAAAAUAAUUCAGGAAUCAAGGCUUGAACAAUACUAGUGUAUCGGACCCUAGGAUGGCCGGUAUAAGAGGUAUCAGAGUAAAAAUAAUUCAGGAAUCAAGGCUUGAACGAUAUCAAUACUAGUGUAUCGGUCCCUAGGAUGGCCGGUAUAAGAGGUAUCAAAGUAAAAAUGAAAAAAAUCCGCAAUCAAGGCUUGAUUGAUAUCAAUACUGUUAUUUCGUUCUUGGUUUUUAUUUUGUGUCUUCUAAGAAAAAAACAGAUUUAUCAUUUUUACUUGCCAGUUAAACGUAAGAAAUAAAGUAUACGGUGCAACAUUGUCUAGACUAUAAACACACGUUUGUUUAGUAACAACAAUAUGUAGAAAAAAAAGUCAUGAUCAUGCAAUAAAA